GUAUAGCUGUUGAAAAAGUAGAGAAGAUUAAAUUAAAGUUGGAUUUGUUCUUGUAUUUCAAGAAAGUGCUCAUACAAUGAGUGGCUACAGAUUUUAUCAGAAAGCUUCAGAGGCUUAUUACAGCCGUCCAAAUCUCUAUAAUUUGCUUGUAGUUUCUACUGUCAGUGGUGGAGGGCUACUGGCAUUCUCAAGCAGUAGCCCGGCAAGAACCGCGUACCCUGACGCUGGCGGGGCCCACGUCAGGAAGAAGAAGGUGGUGGUGCUGGGAACCGGUUGGGCCGGCACUAGCUUUCUCAAAGGCUUGAAACAUCCUUCUCUUGAAGUCGAGGUUGUCUCUCCCAGAAACUACUUCGCCUUCACUCCUUUGCUUCCGAGCGUCACCAAUGGCACCGUGGAGGCUCGCAGCAUUGUCGAGCCAAUCCGCAACAUUGUCAGAAAGGUGAGGCUCAUCGCGUUUACGUUCAGGGAAGCCGAAUGCUACAAAAUCGAUACGAAAAACAAGAAGGUGCAUUGCAAAUCCACACCACAGAACAAAAUAGGUGGGAGUGAAGACUUCACCGUGGAUUACGACUACCUAGUGAUAGCGAUGGGGGCUCGUUCCAACACGUUCAACACCCCCGGUGUCGUUGAGCACACAUACUUUCUAAAGGAAAUCGAAGAUGCGCAGAAGAUAAGGAAAACGGUCAUAGACUGUUUCGAGAGGGCAAGCUUACCGAACGUAAGUGAAGACGAAAGGAAGCGGAUUCUGCAUUUCGUAGUGGUUGGAGGAGGCCCGACCGGGGUGGAGUUCGCUGCUGAGUUUCACGACUUUGUCAUCGAGGAUUUAGCAAAGCUAUACCCGAAGCUCAAGAGCUACGUUACAAUCACUCUUCUUGAGGCUGGAGACAACAUUCUCAACAUGUUUGACAAGAGGAUUACGCAGUUCGCGGAAGAUAAAUUCAAGAGGGACGGUAUUAGCUUAAAACUCGGCUCGAUGGUAACAAAAGUGACGGAGAAAGAGAUAUGCACGAAAGAGAGAGCUACCGGGCAGAAUGUGUCUAUACCGUACGGGAUGGUUGUUUGGUCGACCGGUAUUGGAACUCGGCCCGUUGUGAUGGAUUUCAUGAAGGAGAUUGGACAGAGCAAUAGGAGAGUGUUAGCAACAGAUGAAUGGCUAAGGGUUGAAGGAUGCGAAGACAUAUACGCGCUAGGCGACUGCGCUACUAUCAAUCAACGCAAAAUCAUGGAAGACAUUGCAGCGAUCUUCAGCAAGGCGGACAAGAACAACACGGGAAAACUCAAGGCGGACGACUUCAACGAGGUGAUCAACGACAUAAGCGAGAGGUAUCCGCAAGUGGUGAUCCAUUUGAAGAAGCAGCAGGUCAAGAACUUUCUCCAGCUUCUCAAGAAUGCGCAAGGGGAAGACGAAAUGGAUAUCGAGAAGUUCAAAGUAGCACUCUCGGCUGUCGAUGCGCAGCUGAAAAAUCUUCCUGCAACGGCACAGGUUGCUGCUCAGCAAGGCUCGUAUCUCGCUGAUUGUUUUAACCGAAUGGACGACUGCGAGAUAAAUCCUGAAGGCCCGUUGAGGUUCCGGGGAUCAGGAAGGCAUCGCUUCAAGGCAUUCAGGUACAAGCAUCUAGGGCAGUUCGCCCCGUUGGGGGGCGAACAGACUGCAGCUCAGCUUCCGGGAGACUGGGUUUCGAUAGGCCACAGCACGCAAUGGCUCUGGUACUCGGUCUACGCCAGCAAGCUAGUCAGCUGGCGGACGAGAGUGCUGGUGGUCACGGACUGGGUAAGGCGAUUCGUAUUCGGAAGAGACUCAAGUAAAAUUUGAAAUGAGCUGAGUUGUA